AUUAAGUAAAAAUCCAGAAUUCAUCAUUUCAACAACCUGCCAUCCACAUCAGCGCAAAUCCUGGCCAGCAGAGCUAUCUACGUAUGUCUAUACGCGCAGACAUAAAUUUGAUCCAUCGAUACCGGAUAUCAACCAGCCUUGGAUCCACGGAUUGGGUGUGAGAACGCAUCGGCAGAGUGCUGAAACGACCAGAGUCAUCGGCAUCGGUGAAGAUCUUCGUGCUUGUGCUUUCGUUGUGACCCUAUCGCACGUCGUCGAGUCGACCUUCGCAAAAGUCUGCAAGCAGCCCGCGUCAGCUUCACUGCUAGAUGCCUUGCUGUGCUCGACCGUGGUGGUGAUUGCAACUGUGAGUACUUAGCGUCUGCCUUUAUUCGAUUCGCAAAAUGACUGGCAAAUAUGAUUUUGUGUUUCACGCCGCGUUAGGUCCUAAUCAAGAAGCGGACUCGGAAACGAUAAAACAUUUAAACCGUAGACGAGGUUCCGUAAAAUGUAGGCUGACUAAUUUCAAAAAGUUUGUAAAAACAUUUGAGGGUUUAACUUUGUCCGAUACCCAACGCACAGAGCUCAAUUUACGCAUGCAGGGAGCUCAGGGUAUUUUCGAUGAUUUUAGUGAAAUUCAUAAUCAGUUAGAAAGUUUAAUUCCCGAUAGCGAAAUGGACUCACUUUUUGAAACCAGAGAGGUGUUUGAAAGCGAAUAUUACGCGAUUUUAGCUCAAACGCAAUGUAUGGUGAAAUGCUCGGAGAAAGCUAAUGAACCUAUAGUGCAAGCUUCUAAUAAUUUGGCGCAAACAGUUCGGCUCCCCGUCAUUUCUUUACCUACCUUUGACGGAUCUUAUGAACACUGGUUACAAUUCCGAGACACAUUCGCGUCUUUAGUGCACAACUCGCAAGAAAUAACCAGCAUUCAAAAGUUCCAUUAUUUAAAAUCAUCGCUCAAGGGUAAUGCGCUUCUUGUUAUCGAUUCGCUUGAGUUUUCGGCAGAUAAUUACGCAAUUGCUUGGGAAUUACUACUGAACCGGUAUGACAAUAGUAGAUUGCUAGUGCACAAUCACGUAAAGGCCUUGUUUUCUAUACAAUCGCUUAACAAAGAAUCGCCGGCACUGUUAAGAAAGUUAUUAGAUACAGUUUUAAAGAAUUUACGCGCUUUAAAAUUGCUCGGUGAGCCCACAGAAAGUUGGGACACACUAAUUAUUUAUUUAGUCGUCUCUAAAUUAGAUCCCACCACCGAACGUGAGUGGGAGCAAUAUAAAAGCACUUUAUUACCAGUGUCGAACGAAAACAAAACCGCGCUUAAGGUAGAUGAUUUGCUAAAAUUCAUUCGCGACCGCGCUGAUAUGUUGGAAACAUUAUUGGUUACGCACAGCCGGUCCAACUCACAUAACACUUAUCCGCAGCAUGAUGCUAAAAAAUCAUACACUCAUAACGCGCACACGGCUCCAAAGGUUCACUGUAAUGUUGUCACCGAAAAGUCCGUGGACAAAUCUCACUCCAAACAAACACAUAACAAAAAAUUAUGUAUUAUGUGCAACGGUAAACAUCCUUUGUACUCGUGUCAAGCAUUCAUUGAUUUAAGUUUGCAAGAUAAAUUAAAGUUAGUUCGCGAUAAAUGUUUGUGUGAGAAUUGUUUACGAACAGGGCAUGCGCCCAGUGAAUGCCGAUAUGGCCCGUGCAGAAAGUGUAACAAAAAACACAAUUCCAUAAUUCACGAGGACGAGAAGGAAGGUGCCAGUGACAAGCGCUCCGUAGCGUUGCUGGCAACAGACAACGCAUCAAAGUCGCCCUCCUCCUCGAUCUCUGAUAAUAAUAUCGCACGCGCACAACACGUAUUGCAGGUAUCGAACGCACACAUAGACGAAGACUUAUACGCGCGAUUGUCUUCGAGGCGUCCUGUAAUAUUAGCAACCGCCAUUGUCGAAAUUCCAGAUAGUUACGGUAACUAUCAUAAAACGCGAGUGAUUCUCGAUAAUGGGAGCGAAGGUUGUCUAAUUACCGAAGCGUUGUGUGACAAAUUAAAUCCGCUAUGUAUACAGUCCACAGAAGAACUAAACGGUAUCAUGAAUUUAGCUACACAUAGUUCGCGAGUAUGUGAGAUCGAAAUAAAUUCACUUGUUACCAAUUUUAAGGCGCGAUUACAAUGUCGAGUUUUACCGAAGUUAACCUCGUCAUUGCCUACGUUUCCGAGUAAACGUAAUCAAUUCCGCAUUCCAGACAACGUACGUCUGGCAGAUCCUAGCUUUCAUGAAAGUCAACCUGUUGAGGUCCUUAUAGGAGCUGACAUAUUCUGGGAGCUCCUCGUAGGGAUAGUUGAGAUAAGGCGCUUAACGAACGGAUAAUUUUUAAUAAAUACCCAGUUAGGAUGGAUCGUUUCUGGACCUGUCUCCUCUAAUACGCGCAAUACAAAGCCUAUUAAUUGUAAUUUUAUGCAAUCUCUUGACGCGACCUCAUUAGAUAAUCAAUUACGUAGGUUUUGGGAAAUAGAGGAGGUGCAGGUAAAUAACAAAUCGCACGAUUCGCGCAGCGAAGAGGAAAUUGCAUGCGAAGACCAUUUUGUCAAAACGACCACCCGUCUCGAGGAUGGUAGGUUUUGCGUGCAACUUCCUCUCAAAGAAUCUCCCGAGUCUCUCGGUGACUCAUUCGCGCAAGCGAAAAGACGCUUUAUGUCGUUGGAAAAACGCCUCAAUCGCGAUCCGAUAUAUAAAGGCAUGUACAGCGACUUUAUAAAAGAAUAUCUCGCAUUAGGUCAUAUGAAACGAGUAUAUACCUACGGGACCCCUAAUUACUUUCUGGCCCACCAUGGAAUUUAUCGUGCACAUGCACAAAAAACACGUCUAAGAGUCGUAUACGAUGCUAGCGCCCCCACGACCAGUGGCAAAUCGCUGAACGACAUACAACGCGUAGGCGCGCCUAUACAAGGCGAUUUGAUUGCUAUAUUGUUAAGAUUCCGUGAAAAUAGGUUUGUUGCAUGCGCUGACAUCGAAAAACAUUAUAGACAAGUCCUAAUUGACGAAUCUCAACGCGACUUACAACUAAUUUUAUGGCGCGAUAAUCCAAGCGACGACCUUGACAUAUAUCAGCUGAGUACCGUUACGUACGGCACGGCGGCCGCUGCCUUCCUCAGUUGCAGGUGUCUAAAACAAUUGGCGCUAGAAUGUACAGAUCCCGAAGUAGCUAGAACUAUUAGAGACGAUUUUUACGUAGACGAUUUUAUUUCUGGAUCGUCUACGAUUCCCGAAUUGCUACGAAUUUGUGACGAAACCGCGAAAGUUUUAAGUUCUGGUUGCUUCCCAUUACGAAAAUGGGUAUUUAACUUCGAUUGUAACGAUCAACGUUAUAAUGACGACACGUCAAAGGAAUUAUCAUUAGGCGAGCACGCGCAUAGUAAAACUUUAGGUCUCGGGUGGUACAACAAAAGUGACGAAUUGUUCUAUCACUCGCGACACGAGCCAAAUCCUAAACCUGUCACGAAACGCAUAAUAUUAUCCACGGCAUCACAGGUUUUCGAUCCGCUCGGAUUAUUAAGUCCAAUGAUAAUUAUCGCCAAAUGUUUAUUACAACGGUUGUUUUUAUUAAAGGUAGAUUGGGACGCAGCUGUGCCCGAUGACGUCACGCAAGCCUGGCACCGCUUCGUAAGCAACCUGGCUAUUUUACCUAACAUUCGCAUACCACGUCAUGUUAUGUGCAAUGAUCCUAUAUGUAUAGAUUUGCAUAUAUUUUCAGAUGCAAGCCAAUUAGCUUAUGGCACUUGCGCCUAUUUGCGAACGAUUGAUAAUAAAUCAGCUGUUACCGUCCGGUUGCUAUGCUCGAAAAGUAAAGUGGCCCCAAUUUCGCCUCCUUUGAGUACGCCUCGACUGGAGCUGUCCGCGUGCUUAUUGGGCGCUAAAUUAUAUAAUAAAAUAAAAGAAUCGUUCCGCGCGAAAUUCAACCGAGUAAUAU